AUGCGGCUCCUGGAGGAACGGGAGCGUGCUGGGAGCCGUGUUGUAACACGGAGCCAGCUCCGGUCUCCAGCAGCCGGCUAUGUCCCCCACGAUGAGCUGCCACCGGCGGGUCCUGGGAUGCUCCCUGGAACACUGAGGCUGCUCUGCUCCGCUGCCAAAGGAGAGGUGGAGCUGGAAGACACCGUGCCGUUGAGCUCCUACAGCAUCCGCUCGGGAUACGGCUACGGAGGGGUGGGAUUCGGGGGGGCCAUGGGCCCCGGGGGCAUUCAGGAGGUGACCAUCAACCAGAACCUCCUGACGCCCCUGAACCUGGAGAUCGACCCCAACAUCCAGCGGGUGCGCAAGGAGGAGAAGGAGCAGAUCAAGACCCUCAACAACAGAUUCGCCUCCUUCAUCGACAAGGUCCGGUUCCUGGAGCAGCAAAAUAAAAUGCUGGAAACGAAAUGGAGCCUCCUCCAGGACCAGAAGACAGCCCGGAGUAACAUCGCUCCCAUGUUCGAGGCGUACAUCAACAACCUGCGGCGGCAGCUGGACGGGUUGUUGAACGACAAAGGGCGUCUGGAGGGCGAGCUGAAGAACAUGCAGGAUCUUGUGGAGGAUUUCAAGACGAAAUACGAAGAUGAAAUCAACAAGCGCACGGCAGCGGAGAAUGAGUUUGUGGUGCUGAAGAAGGAUGUGGAUGCCGCCUACAUGAACAAAGUGGAGCUGGAGGCCAAGGUGGAUGCGCUGACAGACGAGAUCAACUUCCUGCGGUCUCUCUACGAAGCGGAGCUCAAUGAGCUGCAGGCGCAGAUCUCCGACACCUCCGUGGUGCUGUCGAUGGAUAACAGCCGAAACCUGGACCUGGACAGCAUCAUUGCGGAGGUCAAGGCGCAGUACGAGGAGAUCGCCAACCGCAGCCGGGCCGAGGCCGAGUCCUGGUACCAGAGCAAGUACGAGGCGUUGCAGGUCACCGCUGGGAAACACGGGGAUGACCUGCGCAACACAAAGAACGAGAUCUCGGAGAUCAACCGCAUGAUCCAGAGGCUGCAGGGCGAAAUUGAAAAUGCCAAAGCCCAGCGUGCCAAGCUGGAGGCAGCCAUCGCCGAAGCUGAGGAACGUGGGGAGAUGGCCGUCAAAGAUGCCAAGGCGAAGCUGGAGGAGCUGGAGGCGGCGCUGCAGAAGGCGAAGCAGGACAUGGCCCGGCAGCUGCGCGAGUACCAGGAGCUGAUGAACGUCAAGCUGGCCCUGGACAUCGAGAUCGCGACCUACCGCAAGCUGCUGGAGGGAGAGGAGAGCAGGUUGGCUGGUGAUGGAGUUGGCAACGUCAACAUCUCUGUGGUCAGCACUACCGGUGGAGCUUCCAGUGGAUUUCUGGGAGGAGGAAUCGGAGGCCUGGGCCUGGGAGCAGGCAUGGGCAGCGGGGCGCUCGGCUUCUCCUCUGGGGGAGGCUCCAAAUCCUACACCGUCACCACCACCUCGUCCAGCCGGAGGAGCUUCCGGAAGUAACGACGGGAAGGGAGAUCGGCGGUACCCGUUACAUGGGAGGAGGGAAAUCGUAGAACGAAAAGUUUGGUUGCCUUUAAUAGGACAAAUUGGCUGCAAAAUCUCUGCAGUGAUGAAUGAAUUGGAAUAAGACACA